CUUGCGCCGUGCACACCCAGAGGCCUCGAGCGCCCCGGCGGGAGGUUUUUCUAUCUGAGUAUAGAAGACAGUUGCUGCCAGUAGAAGUGACCCAACAUUUUUUUAGGAUGUCUGAAGAUGAAGAAAAAGUGAAAUUACGCCGUCUUGAACCAGCUAUCCAGAAAUUCAUUAAGAUAGUAAUACCAACAGACUUGGAGAGGCUAAGAAAACACCAGAUAAAUAUUGAGAAGUAUCAAAGGUGCAGAAUCUGGGACAAGUUGCAUGAAGAACAUAUCAAUGCAGGGCGUACAGUUCAGCAACUCCGUUCCAAUAUUCGAGAAAUGGAGAAACUUUGUUUGAAAGUCCGAAAGGAUGACCUAGUACUUCUAAAGAGAAUGAUAGAUCCUGUUAAAGAAGAAGCAUCAGCAGCAACAGCAGAAUUUCUUCAACUCCAUCUGGAAUCUGUAGAAGAACUUAAGAAACAAUUUAAUGAUGAAGAAACUUUACUACAGCCUUCUUUGACCAGAUCCAUGACUGUUGGUGGAACAUUUCACACUGCUGAGGCUGAAGCUGAUCCUCAGACUAUGACUCAGGUAUAUGCGUUGCCUGAAAUUCCUCGAGAUCAAAAUGCUGCAGAAUCAUGGGAAACCUUAGAAGCGGAUUUAAUUGAACUUAGCCAACUGGUUACUGAUUUCUCUCUCCUAGUGAAUUCUCAGCAGGAGAAGAUUGACAGCAUUGAAGACCAUGUCAACAGAGCUGCUGUGAAUGUUGAAGAGGGAACCAAAAACUUGGGGAAGGCUGCAAAAUACAAGCUGGCAGCUCUGCCUGUGGCAGGUGCACUCAUCGGAGGAGUGGUGGGGGGUCCGAUUGGCCUCCUUGCAGGUUUCAAAGUGGCAGGAAUUGCAGCUGCACUUGGUGGUGGGGUGUUGGGCUUCACAGGUGGAAAAUUGAUACAAAGAAAGAAACAGAAAAUGAUGGAGAAGCUCACUUCCAGCUGUCCAGACCUUCCCAGCCAAACUGACAAAAAAUGCAGUUAAAAACCAAACUUUAGUAUUAUUGGCGCCAACAUGUCUAUUCUAAUGAGGACUUUUGCUGCUGUUGGACACUCAGUCAGCUUUUGGAACAUGAUUCUAUAAAGAUAGUGGCUGUAGAUGCUCAAGUGGGAUUGAACUGUGAUGAGUGGAUGUAUUUUGUUGUUUGCUGGAGUGUUAACGGAGAUGUUAGAGAUUGAGGAGCCUGGACUGAGGGUGAGCUGCGUUGUCAGGUAAAGUUUAAAGACUGCCGAGGAGCAGAUUUUCUGCCUGGAAAUGUGAAAAAUGUGUGGACAUGAUGUUUAUUCCAUAACCCUGACUUGGAGACCCAAAGGCUGAGUGUAUUAUAAACAUGCUUAUUUAUCUCCUAAAUAUAGGAGGUUAUUUAGGCCUGUUAACAAAGAAAAGAAUGGGGAGUUCAGGAGCCUUUCUUAUCAAAUAAGGAAAUCAGGAUCUGGUGAGGGGCAGGGGUGAACUACAUAGUGGAGUCCAUUUGGUGAACCCUCUUGUGGCUUGGUCCACCUGUAUUUUCUGAUGAGGGACACUAAUCAUGUAAGAAAAUGUAAGAAGUGUAAGAAGGUGCACUUCUCUUUGAGAUAUCUUAGUUUGUGACACAAGCUUCUCCUCUGAACUCUUCCUUCUGUCUCUUUAAAUAAAGAACACAGACUCUCGAGUGAUAGGAGACUAUUGAGCCAGUCACUAACCUUGCUCUGUCAGCCUGUCUCUUAACACCUCAAAGAUCUAGUGCCCUCUGCCUUCCCUCCCUUGUAAUAAUGACUCAGGGGGUGAUUCUACCCAUAUGUACUGAGGACUUGUCUCACAAUCUGCUUUCUUGUAUUGUCUCCCAUCUCUGUCCAUCCUUUCCUGUAACCUCUAGGUUAAAGAGAGAAAGAAAAGAGAAAUCUCCAAAUAUUUCCAACACUGUUAGAGUUUGAGAUAAGGAAUAAGCAGAGGGUAAGGGCGAUACCAGACCAUUUCUUGGGACGUCUUACAAUUUCAAGAGACUGAUGUGCCUGCCACACAGGGAAUCUCUGACCCUAAGACUUUUCAGCUGGCCCUUGGGGGAGCUAAGAACUAGCUUUCUACCUCACUUCUGUUACUACCAUCUUUUUCCCCAGGCUUUGCUGUCUCCUGUGCUUUAUUUUACUUUUCACAGCUCUUACUUCUUCCUAAGAAUGGCAUUCUUGCUCGGCUUUUCUCACACUCAAGAUGAUAGACAAAGCCUGGUGCCAAGAUUGGUCCUGAUGAAGGAUUUGUGGUGCUAAUCCCAACAUUUGACAUUGACAGCAAGCAUGGCUCAGCCCAAUGCAGUGUCUAUCUCAAAUAGCAAAAAGGUUUUAAUUUUUUGAAAAAGAAUUGAAAAUAAUAGGUAGCCUCAUCCUGUACCCCCCAAUUCAUUUGAAAUAGGAGGGAACCACCUUUUGCCUUAAUCAUUACUAUUUUCUGGGGGCAGAAGAAUGGAUACCUAUACCACAAAAUGUGUGAGCUCAGGAGCCCCAAUAGUCCUCAGGUGGCUGAGUGGUUUAUUACUUCUCUCUUGUUGAGUUUACUCUUGAUUAUUUUUAUUGUUUGUUUGCUACCUUUUACUUCUUUCUCUAAUCUAGACAGACCUCUCUCACACUUUUUUCUUUUGACUCAUCAAUGAAUUCUAAUGAAGAGAAAGCACCAUUUUUUACUGCCAUCAAAUAACUGGAAAAUAUCAAGUAUUGCUAUCUGCUGACUUAUAUCUUCAGUAGAAUGCCAAGAAGGAAGUGCUUUGAAUAAGCGUUAGAUUCUGAUCCAGUAUUUGAUACUGGGUAUCCGUAAGGUUGGAAUAAUUGCUUUGGAGCUCCACCUCUUUAAAUAUUUUCUGAUUCUUGCUGUCCCUUUAACACAGGGUAUUCAGACCAGAGUGAGGACCAGACUCACCCAGGUUGCUUCCUUAAAACAAGGUUGCUAAACUUCAGCCCCAUAGGUAACUCUGACAAUAGCCAAUCUGGCCUGGUCAAAAAAUUGAUAAAAUUUUUAAAUUUUAUGCUAUAUAAAUUUAAAUUUUAAAUUUAUAAAAUUAUAAAUUUAAGGUAUAGUUACAUCAGGAUUCAGCUGUAUCAUUGAAUUCUAUAAUUUCUAAGUAUUUUGGCUUUCAGCGUGGCCCAGUCUUCAUGGCUCCAUAUCAUUCCCACUCUGCCAGCCCACAAUUGGCUACACUUUUUAGCCCAUCAUCUUUUUUUUUUUUUAAGAUUUAUUUAUUUUAGAGAGAAAGAGCAUGAAUGGAAGGGGCAGAAGGAGAGGGAGAGAGUCUUAAGCAGAUUCUGAGCUGAGCGUGGAGCCUGAUGUGGGGCUCAAUCCUGAAAUCAUGACAGCCAAAACCAAGAGUUGAACACUUAACCACCUAUGCCAGCCAGGUGCCUCUUAGUCCAUCCACCAUCUUAUUGGCACUAGGGACUCAUUAUCCUGUCAGGCUAGUUUUACACUGAGAACUAGAGGAGAGAGUAGGCCUAUAAUUGAAGCUUCUAUUUUGUUUGGGGAUUUAUUUUCUACCAGCCAGUUUGGGACACCACUGUAUGUGCUCAUAUAAGCCUUUGAUUUUUACUAAUCAGGAUUGGAAUAUCAGGAGCAGUCUUUAUUUAUGCUCAGGUAAACCACAGUCCUUUUACAAAGUCUUAUCAUUUAAAAUUAUUUAGAAAUUGUAUCUAAUUUCCCCAUAAUAGAACAUAAUAGCUAACUUUUUGUAGAAAUUUCUUGAAGUGUUUAAUCAACUAUAAAUGAUAUACCUAUAAAGUGUUUAGAGGUAUGAAUUAGUUAAUAUGAUGCAGAAGCCAAUCUUAAACUGAAUUUAAUGCCCUAGGUAUCAGAUUAAAUUCAUCUUCUCUGUGAUUCAUGUCUUAUUUUUACUAGAUUCAGAUUAGAAGAUAAGGGUCCCUUUGAUUAAGUUCUUAAAAAUUAUAGUGUUAUAAACUUCCAGUUAUAAAAUGAAGUCACAGAGGUGGAAAGUACAGAUUAGGGGGAGAAAAUAUAUAGAAGUUCAUUUGAAUAAAUGCAAUGCUCCUAAAGACUUUUUUUUGUUUUUCUAAAGACUUUUUGAUCUAAUAAUAUGAGAAUUUCUCCCUAGAGACCUUGAAACUUUGUGGUUGUAACCCAUGGUAAAAAAUGCAUUUAUAGCAGAACUCAGCAUAUGUAUAAUGGAACAAUACCAUUAUGUGUAGUGUACUCUGAUGUUUUUUAUUUCAGUUUUUAAAAUAUGGCUGGUUGCAACCUACCUGUUGAUUUCAUAAUCUACCAAUGGGUUGUGACUCUUAGUUUGAAAAGAAGAAAACACCCUAUGGAGGAACUGGUAUUUAUUGAAUAUCUUCUCUUUUCCAGGCACUUCACUAGGCAUUAUAUAGGUAAGGAAACUGAGUCUCAAAGAAGUUAAGUGACUUGCAAAGGGUUAUUCAGCUGUAAAAGGUUGAAACCAGAGGAAUGUUAACCAGGUCUCUUGAACUACAAAAAUUUCUGUUACUCUCAUACUUCUGUGUAUAAAACUGAUUCAUUCAUCCUGCUUCACCCAAACACCAGUAUAUUCUAUAAGGCAGGCUUGCUGUGAAAUUUCAUGUGCCAACAAUUUGUGGAUUUUUUGUUUGUUUUUUGUUUUAUCUUUUGUCAUGAAGUGUCCUGCAGCCUCAAAGUUUUUAAUAGUGGCUGAUGCACAGUUACCUAGCUGAAUUUGGUCCUUAGACUGUAAAAUUAAAAAUGUUUCCAUCCCAUCUACACAACCUACAAAUUUCCUUGUAUUCCGUGAGUUAUAGCCAUCUUUUCAGUGCUUUUUUUAUAUAUUAAAAAUGAACUCUACUUUAAAAAAUCUGUCAUAACUCAUAGAAUCAAAUGAUUACUCUCUUUUAAAAUGGUACCCUUGGGAAGCCACGUACUUACUGCAGUGAUGCUAUAUUACUUAGAACAUGUUUGAAACUUUUCUUUUGGAAUUGGCUCCAAAGACAUUUUGCAAACCACAUAGAAAAGCCAUCUCAGCAUUUUAUUAGUCACGGAUUACACUCCCUUGUCCUUAUGACCUCUCCUCUCUUCCUUUCUCAGUUUUGCUUUUCUUCUGCUGGCUUAGUUCUCCUACCCACCUUUGCUGGAGCCAAUAACCCAGAAAGGGGGUAUGCUGGCCAGAGUUCCUGGAGCAAGAACUUUUAGUUUAUAUUGAAGCUGAAUGUUAUAAAGGGAGAAUCCUACAAGUCCCAAAACCUUUGUCUGUGGGCUGCUUGUAAAUGUCAUAAGUAGUUUGCACAGGAGUAAGGACUGAAAUAUUGAUAAUAUCAAUCACAAGAAGGUGAGGAAUCUGGAAAUAGAAGUAUGUAAUGUGCAGCAUUUCUCUCCAGUGAAGAACAGAAACCAAACCAAGCCAUGCUUUUUGUUAACUUAAAACUGAAAGGUAUUUCUCAGGGUCCCCUUUACCCUUCAUUGCUGCCACAUAACAUCUGGAAGAAGGAUGAUGAAAAGCCUGGGGAAAAGGUUCUCUUGUGAAACGGACAAGUUCUUCUCUUGUGUUAAAUGUAGCUUUGCUCUCAGAUACUUAGGAAUAUUAGACAAUGUUCUUAGAAUCAGAAGACUAAUAAAAGGUAGGACAUCUUCCCCAUGAGCCUAAAUUAAUGUAAACAAUUCAGGUUCUGUUUGUGUUUUUAACAUUUCAUUGUGUUUGUAACAGAUGGUUCUUGGUAUUUAUAUUCGUUAAUUUGACACCAUUUUACAGAGAAAUUUCUUUGGUAUUAUAAACAGUGGAAAAAGAUGCAUAUUAUUAUUCACAUUACUACCCUCAAAGAAAUUAUUUAUUUCCAGAGAUAAGAAAUAUAUCUGUGUAAAUUCAAAAAAGAAAUAAAUUGAACAAAAAAAUAAAUUGAAUAAAAAUGAUUUGCCCAAGAUCAAAGCUAGUUAGCAACACAGCUAGAAUUAUACCAAGGUCUAAGAAAAAAACAACCCAAAACCCUCAAAGUAAUUUAACUGAGGUUUUGUUAUGCUAUAUCAAGUUGCAUGCUGAGGCUUAUGGUCUUUCAGACCAGCUUAAAUUCCAGAUCAGGCAAUAGCUAUAGUGAAAAGAAAAUUGGAUGGGGGAUCAGGAGAUCAGAGUGCUAAUUUUGGCUUUGUCUUUCUCCCAUGCUAAGCUUUUUCUUAGUAUGGCUGCCUUCCCCUGUUCCAGCCAGGGAUUCGCUAACUAUAAACCCUAGUAGUUAGCAACUUGACACUCUCCAUUCUUCAUAUCUAGUCUCUUACUGGGUCCUGUCAGUUGUACUUUGAAUGUUAGUUGUAUCGACUUCUAAAUAUAUUCAUGGUCAUCACUCUAGUAAAUGACUGUAUUACCUCAUUCCCCCUACCUCAUUUUCCCCAACUUUAAGCCAUUCCUCACUUCACUGCCACGGGAAUGAGAACCAGGUCCCUCUUCCAUUUUUCUGCUGAAAUAAUUUCCAGUGGUUCUCCCUUGAAUACUCAAUAACGUUCAAACCCCUUAGGUUGGCCUUCACAGCUUUCCUUAUUCUGGCCUUAGCUUUCUCUCUUCAAACUCAACUACUCACCAUCUGACAAUGCCACUGAGAAUCAGACAUUCCAUAAAAAUGAUUUUAAGGUUUCUAAAAGUUACAAACUGGUAAUAAAAUGUUUACAUUUGUCCAGAUGAAAAUUCUAUAAUACUGCAUUUUACACAACUAGUCAGCCUAAAAGUUGUUUAAGGAAAAUCUUUUGUCCCCCCAGAAGAAAUUAUAUCCAAUUUAACCUCCGAAACAAUGUCAGUCUUGUCACCUGUGCAUGGGGACUUUUCUUCAGCAGCAUAGAUACUCCAGCCUUGAAUGGAUCAUUGCCUAGCUCCUGUGAGAAACUUGACUAAUAAAUAUUUGAGAAGAACAACUCAAGAUACAUGUUAUUCAUACAUUUCUCAAGUACUUGAGAUUUUCUUGUAUUAUGGUUAAUCAUGAAAAAAAAAAACUUACCUGGACUUCAUUAAUUAAACACCCUAAGAUAUUUUCCAUUUUAUUGUUAAACCCUUGAUAUUAGCAAGGGUCAGCACAAGAAAAGGCCCAAUGGUGAGAAUUUCUACAAAUUCUGUAAAGCUUACUGAAUUCAUUAUGUUGUUGAGUGGUGCUUGUAUAAGGAAACACGCAAUAAAUUCAUUCAACAAACAAUGAA